AUGAAAAUUACGAGCACAUCUUGCAUCUGUCCAGUCCUCGUGUGUCUCUGUUUUGUGCAGAGGUGUUAUGGAACAGCCCACCAUAGCUCCAUCAAGGUCACCCGAAACCAAACCAAGCAUAUUGAAGGUGAAACAGAAGUCCACCAUCGUCCCAAAAGAGGAUGGGUAUGGAAUCAGUUCUUUGUUUUAGAAGAACAUAUGGGACCAGAUCCACAAUAUGUUGGAAAGCUGCACUCCAAUUCUGAUAAAGGUGAUGGGUCUGUCAAGUACAUCCUUACUGGAGAAGGUGCUGGGACUAUAUUUAUCAUUGAUGAUACCACAGGUGACAUCCACUCAACGAAAAGCCUAGACAGAGAGCAGAAAACCCACUAUGUGCUCCAUGCUCAGGCCAUUGACAGAAGAACAAACAAGCCACUUGAACCUGAAUCUGAAUUCAUCAUCAAGGUGCAAGACAUCAAUGACAAUGCCCCCAAAUUCACAGAUGGACCAUACAUCGUUACUGUGCCUGAAAUGUCAGAUAUGGGUACCUCUGUUCUACAGGUGACAGCUACCGAUGCAGAUGACCCUACCUACGGAAACAGUGCUCGGGUGGUUUACAGCAUUCUCCAAGGACAACCCUACUUCUCUGUGGAUCCUAAAACAGGAGUUAUUAGAACUGCCUUACAUAACAUGGACAGAGAAGCCAGAGAACACUACUCAGUAGUCAUUCAAGCCAAAGACAUGGCUGGGCAAGUGGGAGGGCUUUCAGGAUCAACAACAGUAAAUAUCACCCUGACUGAUGUAAACGACAACCCACCACGGUUUCCUCAGAAGCAUUAUCAACUGUAUGUUCCUGAGUCAGCUCAAGUUGGUUCAGCUGUGGGGAAAAUCAAGGCCAAUGAUGCAGACACUGGCUCAAAUGCUGAUAUGACAUAUUCCAUUAUAAAUGGUGAUGGUAUUGGGAUAUUCUCCAUCUCUACUGACAAAGAGACCAGAGAAGGGAUACUUUCUCUAAAAAAGAUAUUAAACAUUUUUAGAAUCAGAUAUUUCAUCGACUAUAAAGCAGAAGAUGACAGAUUUUUCAACAUUGAUGCCAAUACUGGUACCAUUAAAACGACAAAUAGUCUUGAUAGAGAAGAAACUCCAUGGUAUAACAUCACAGUUUCUGCUUCCGAAAAUGGCAAUCCUGGUUUGCUGAGCCGUGUCACAGUGGGUAUUAGAGUUCUAGAUGUCAAUGACAACCCACCUGAACUUGCCAGGAAAUAUGAUAUUGUUGUCUGUGAAAAUUCUAAGCCUGGCCAGGUAAUUCACACCAUCAGUGCCACUGAUAAAGAUGAUUUUGCCAAUGGACCAAGGUUUACAUUCUUUCUUGAUAAACACCUGUCUGUAAACCCAAACUUCACUCUGAAGGACAAUGAAGAUAACACAGCCAGCAUUCUGACAAGGCGGAGGAGAUUUAGUCGAACUAUUCAGGAUGUGUAUUAUCUCCCCAUUAUGAUCUCUGAUGGUGGAAUCCCCUCUCUCACCAGCAGCAGCACCCUCACCAUCAGGGUUUGUGCAUGCGAGAGAGACGGGCGUGUGCGGACCUGCCAUGCGGAAGCCUUCCUGUCCUCGGCCGGUUUGAGUACAGGAGCCUUAAUCGCUAUUCUGCUGUGUGUUGUCAUUCUCCUCGCAAUUGUUGUGCUCUUUAUCACCCUGAGACGCAGUAAAAAAGAACCCCUGAUCAUCUCAGAGGGAGAUGUGCGGGAGAACGUGGUCACCUAUGAUGAUGAAGGGGGUGGAGAAGAGGACACUGAAGCUUUUGACAUCACAGCCUUGAGGAAUCCAUCUGCUGCUGAGGAGCUUAAAUACAGAAGAGACAUCAGACCUGAAGUGAAACUAACUCCCAGGCACCAGACAUUGUCGGCUAUGGAAAGUAUAGAUGUUCAUGAAUUUAUUAAGCAAAGACUGGUGGAAGCAGACCUUGACCCCAGCGUCCCCCCGUAUGACUCUCUUCAGACCUAUGCUUAUGAGGGUCAGAGAUCAGAAGCUGGGUCUAUCAGCUCACUAGAUUCAGCAACGACACAAUCAGACCAGGAUUAUCAGUACCUUGGAGACUGGGGACCUGAAUUUAAAAAGUUAGCUGAACUCUAUGGAGAAAUAGAAUCUGAAAGAACAACUUAG